CCUUGAAAGUCACAUAUUGGUUAGGCGACGAGGCCAUUCACUCUUCUUCGUGAAACAGCAUGACUAGGACAAUUCUUGAAGUGUUGGGAGCCUUCUCUCACGGUUCAACUUUGAAACCCAUGACAUCAUCCUGGCUUCAUUGACUUGCACAACAACACACGCAAAAUGGCAUACCACAAAGCCUUCAACCCUGACGCACUACCUGCACAUGCAGAGCCAGAGCAGGCUGCACAAGCUCUGAGCCAACUGCAGAUAAACCGCAAACCUUCACCAAAUACUCGAUACCCGAAUCAAACACAACCUCAGCAGAAUGAUUCACGCCCUCCUCCCAUCGAUCGUCAUUCGUCUCCCGCAGGCCAGAGUUCUCAUUAUCGGCCGCAACCGACACAGAGCUACUCACAGCAACGCCCUUCUAAUGACCAGUCCUACGUGGACAAUCAAUACAGCCGCCUACAGUCUCCUCCACCACAAAGCUAUGGUUACGGUCGCGGCCAAAAUCCACAUCGCUACGAAGAUACUCAAUAUUCUUUGAACGGAGCAGAACAAUAUCAUGGAUACAGUGGAGGGGCCCCCGGCCCGGGCUCUCGAAGUCUAUACGAUUUCUUUCGUGAUGCGAAUGAAUCGCAGACGGGCAAUAUGACAAGCGUUGAACUGGGGAAGGCUCUGGUCAACUCCGACCGCACUCGCUUUGACAGCGCAACGAUCUCGUCGCUAAUGCGCAUGUUCACCACGUCUUCGUCCCAUAACCCUGACGACUUGACUCUUACAUUCGAUGAAUUUAAGAGUAUGUGGGAGUUCCUGGCUGCUUGGAGGCGGCUAUUCGAACAAUUUGAUGUCGACCGAAGUGGUCGAAUAUCGCGGGAUGAAUUCUCUCGCGCCAUGACAGCGUUUGGCUAUCGCCUGUCCCCGCCAUUCGUCACUGUGCUUUACAAUACAUUCAAUGAUCGGAGUCCUGUGAAGGGCCAGGGAAUGAGUUUUGAUCUGUUUGUCCAGGCCUGCAUUAGCCUAAAGAGGAUGACGGAUGUGUUUAAGAAAUACGAUGACGACCGGGACGGCUAUGUGACCCUCAGUUUCGAAGAGUUCUUGACCGAAGUCCUGCGGCUCCGGGAUUGAGCCGUCUGCCCUUGGACUUGGUCAAAUUUGUGGGAAGUUACGAGUACUUGAACGGGCAUCUCAGAGCUCAUAUUUUGGGUCUGCCAGAAGUGAUGCCGAACUAACCGGAGUAUCAUGGCCGCAUGUCGCAGUCUUUUCCUGGAAAUCCUUGUUGGCUGCAUUACUUGCACAGCGUACAGUAUUGACUAUGAGAUGGCUGUAAGUGCUACCCCGCAAAUGUCACGUCAGGUAUCAGAGGUGGUAUACGAGUAUGGGCUAUAGCGUCGGGCAUCGAGGAUGCCGGCACUCGGUAGUUUGGCCACCAAGAAAUGUCUGCAGGAAUAGCGCGCCACGGAUUACUUCCAAUGACCGAACAACACCCGAAGUCUUCUUAGGCAGGGGAAAGCUGAUGUGUCGAGUGUGAUGAAGUGUAGUGAAAGCAACCCGUUCAGGCACUUUGAAAGAGUGUAAGCAUCGAACAACCACAGGACAUCAGAGAUCGUCAUUUUGCGUUGAUAUCAUCGUUCCAGAUGAAGGGGGCGGUGCAUCGCCGGCCAGAGCCUAAAAUCCACGUGGAAGUCAACUGUAGGGAUUCCUUUACUGUACGGAGUACAUGACCCUAAAUAGCAUUGCAACAAGUCCCUCUCAUCAUCUCAAUUCCCCCAGGCAAUCUUUAC